UGCGUGUGAGUGUGUAUGUGUGUCUACGUGUGUGUUGAGGACUGGGGGGAAAUGGAGGGAGUCGCCGUGCGGGCUGCAGUCUGCUCGCUCUCCCCCGGUGUGUUUACGGUCUAGUGGUUUGUGUUCAUUGAUUGUCACCUCGGCGUUACCGUGACCUCACCUUCAGCAACAGGCUGCCAACUCGUUUGUAGUUAUGGCGUCAGAGGGGACAGAUGAGAACACCCCGCAGGACCCUCUGUUCAUCCUGGAGAAUGGGGAAGUGUACCGAAACCCCACCGAAGUGAAGAUGAGUCAAAUAGUGCUACCCUGCCACGCCAACCACUGUGGGGAGCUGAGUGCGGGACAGCUGCUCAAAUGGAUGGACUCCACAGCCUGCCUGUCUGCUGAGAGACAUGCCGGCUGUUCCUGUAUCACUGCCUCCGUGGAUGACAUCCACUUUGAACGCACCAUAGAGGUUGGACAGGUAGUCAACAUCAUAGCAAAGGUCAACAGAGCCUUCACAUCCAGUAUGGAGGUGGGCAUUUUGGUCACUUGUGAAGAUCUCUACACUGACAGGCAGUGGAAGGUUUGCCACGCCUUCGCCACCUUUGUGGCCCGACGCACUGAAGCAGGGAAGGUGCAGCUGAAGCAGGUGAUCCCACGUACACAAAUGGAGCAGAUGGAAUACAGCCUCGCAGCGGAGAGGAGGAGGAUGAGGCUGAUCCAUGCUGAGAUCAUUACAGACCUACUGAGCAGCAGCACCGCUCAACUGGGGGAAUGCCAGGAGUACCAGGAUGCUGUGCCAGCUGAGCGAACGCGAGUGGAGAGUGUGGAGCUGGUACUGCCGCCCCAUGCCAACCACCAAGUCAGCACCUUCGGGGGCCAGAUCAUGGCCUGGAUGGAGAAUGUAGCUACUAUUGCAGCUAGUCGUUUGUGCAAUGCUCACCCAACCUUGAGGACGAUAGACAUGUUCCAUUUUCGUGGCCCAUCUCACAUCGGUGACCGCCUGGUACUGAAAGCCAUUGUCAACAAUGCCUUCAAGAACAGCAUGGAGGUGGGUGUAUGUGCAGAGGCCUACCAGGGGGGAGAGCCCCUGCGUCAUAUAAAUAGUGCCUUUAUGACCUUUGAGGUGCUGGACAGUGACAGGAAGCCUCGCACAUUGCCACGGUUACGACCCGAGCCUGUGGAUGGAAAAAGGCGCUACCAAGAAGCUAUUGCCAGAAAGAAGAUACGCCUAGAUAGGAAAUACAUCAUCUCCUGUAAGCAAACUGAAGUGCCCCUGUCUGUACCUUGGGACCCAAGUAACCAGAUGUACCUGAGCUACAACAAUGUAUCAGCACUGAAACUGAUGGAUGCACGAAACAACUGGGUUUUAACCUCUGAGAAAAAUAAGGUCAGUCUGUACACACUGGAGGAGAACCAGGUGCUGUGCUUUAAGGUGGAGAUGCAUGUCAGCAUCCCGGCGGAGCAGACAUUCCACUUGCUGUCAGACCUGAGAAGGAGAAAGGAGUGGGACCGGCAUUACGAGGAGUGUGAGCUGAUCAACCAGGCCGAUGAGGAAGACACUCUGUAUCGUGUAGCCACGCCGUCGGUCAGUAAAGGGAGCAAAGGCCAGGAUUUCAUCUUGCUGGCAUCCAGGAGAAAGCCAUGCGAUGCCGGAUCACGUACUACAACCAGGCCACCCCUGGUGUCCUUCCCUACAUCUCCACAGAUAUUGCUGGGCUGUCCUCCAGCUUCUACUGUGCUUUCUCUGCCUGUAGCCACUUCCUGGAAGCCAACAAAGACAGCCUGGCUGCUCUGCCGCCCUCUGCACUGUGACAGUGCAGCGCCACCGUGGGCCACUCUCCCUGGAAGAGGAAAAGUAAAUUCAGUAGGAGGGAAUCGUAUCAUCCUGGUGUCUUUGUCCCAUUUUCCCUCUGUGGCGGAGGUGCUGUGCUGUUGGAGAAGCGGUGGUUCAAUGUCACCGUCUCACUCUGCACACACUGAGCUCACCAAACCUCACAAUAAUGGAUCUAAGGGUCAUCGCAACAAGUUCUUCCCUCAGUCCAUCCAACACCACAUCGCUCAUUCUGAAACUGACAAGAAAGCCCUGAAAUAAAUAAAACAAACGGCUUGGACGACGUAUGCCUCUUUCCUUUAUGGACUAAUGGAUAUGAAGCAAGCACUUCAAGUUUUUCGUCAUGAGUCACACUUGGAUUUUAAGCUGCUUAAAUUUUAUUAGAGCUGAUGUUGUAAUAAUAUAUUUUGUGCAACACUAAUCCGUUGACCAGUGGAGCAUAUAUGGGUACGUACGUCAGUAGUUUCAUGUAUAUAACAUGAUCCCUGCAAUUGAUGAACUUUGACACUGCCAUCUGUGUGUUGGCAUCUUUGUUACAGUACCUGAUGUGGAUGAAGAUAGUCUUUUUCUUAGGCUGAGAUGUUUGAAUAAGCAUGUUUUGUAACAGUCUAUUUUCUACCUCCUUGAGUAAAGUUCUUAAAUUAUCUGAUUAUUGCUUUAAAAUGUGAGAAUCAAGAUGUAUAUUUAGUGUAAUAAUGAUGCUAUCGUAAUUUCAGACUGCAGUCUGCUCUAAUUUUAGAGAAACACAUGCACUCUUUUGUUUAAUACAUCAACAUGCACUAUGGUCAAGUAUCUCACAUGACAAGCUGCCUUGAUUUAACUCAAACAAUAAACACAAUAGACCAAUG